AUGGUCGGAUUGGCAGAUAAACUAAACACUUUGGUGAGGGAUCUUUCUGGAGGCAUGAAGAGGAAGUUGUCCCUUGGAAUUGCACUGAUAGGAAAUAGCAAGGUUAUUGUUCUUGAUGAACCUACAAGUGGAAUGGAUCCAUAUUCAAUGCGGUUGACUUGGCAAUUGAUCAAAAGACUAAAGAAAGGCAGGAUAAUAUUGUUAACUACACAUUCCAUGGAUGAAGCUGAUGUACUAGGAGAUCGGAUAGCUAUCAUGGCUAAUGGUUCCUUAAAAUGCUGCGGAAGCUCCCUUUUCUUGAAGCACCAAUAUGGUGUUGGAUAUACUCUCACUCUGGUGAAGAAUGAUUCUGGUGCCUCGGUGGUCUCUGAUAUUGUUUACCGCCACGUUCCAUCGGCAAUAUGCGUGAGCGAAGUUGGAACUGAGAUCUCCUUUAAGCUUCCUCUAGCAUCCUCAUGUUCAUUUGAAAGCAUGUUUAGGGAAAUUGAGAGCUGCAUGAGACGAUCAGGUCCUAACUUUGGAAGUGCUGAUUGUAAGGACAGACAGUUUCCUGGUAUUGAGAGUUAUGGUAUCUCUGUCACAACCCUAGAGGAGGUAUUCCUGAGAGUUGCAGGAUGUGAUAUUAAUGAAGCUGAAUGUGUUGAGGAGGGAAAAACUUCAGUUUUACCAGAUCCUGCCGUUCUUCAAGCCUGUCCUACUAAUGCUCCAAAAAAAUAUUUCCAUUCCAAACUAUGGGGAAGUAAUAUGAAGGUCAUCGGGCUGAUAUUUACCAUUGUGGGGAGAGCAUUCGGUAUUUUCUUGGAUACCAUCCUUAGAAUUAUAAACUUCUUAACAUUGCAAUGCUUCAGCUGUUGCUUACUUCCGAGGACAACAUUUUGGCAACAUUGUAAAGCUUUGCUUAUAAAGCGGGCAAUAUCUGCUCGGAGAGAUCGGAAAACUAUGGUUUUCCAGCUGUUAAUUCCUGCCAUCUUCUUGCUUUUCGGUCUUCUCUUUCUCGAGCUUAAGCCGCAUCCUGAUCAAGUUUCUGUGACCUUCUCAACUUCUUAUUUUAAUCCUCUGCUGAGUGGUGGUGGUGGUGGUGGUCCAAUUCCCUUUGACCUAUCCCAGCCUAUCUCACAGGAGUUUGCAAGCUAUAUAAAAGGUGGCUGGAUUCAAAGGUUUAGACAGAGCAGUUAUAGAUUCCCUAAUUCAGCGAAGGCGUUAGCUGAUGCUAUUGAGGCAGCUGGGCCAAAUCUGGGGCCUGUUCUACUUUCCAUGAGUGAAUAUCUGAUGUCUAGCUUUAAUGAAUCGUAUCAGUCUAGGUAUGGAGCAGUCAUAAUGGAUGGUUUGAAUGAUGAUGGAAGUCUAGGGUACACAAUUCUACACAAUAGUUCUUGUCAACAUGCUGCUCCAACAUUCAUCAAUUUAAUGAACUCGGCAGUUCUUAGGCUUGCUACUCUUAAUGGAAACAUGACGAUUCGGACACGGAAUCACCCUCUGCCCAUGACUGAAAGCCAGCGGUUGCAACGUCAUGAUCUGGAUGCUUUCUCUGCUGCAAUUGUUGUUAAUAUUGCCUUCUCCUUUAUCCCUGCUUCCUUUGCCAUUGCUAUCGUAAAGGUACCUUUUCCAACUCUAUACGAAACAUGUGCUAUGGGAAUGCUGCAGUGUGGAGUUGCUGAACGGGAAGUGAGAGCUAAGCAUCAGCAAUUAAUAAGUGGGGUGUCCAUACUUUCAUAUUGGGCUUCUACAUACAUAUGGGACUUCAUCAGCUUCUUGUUUCCUGCAUCUUUUGCAAUAGUUCUCUUUUACAUAUUUGGUUUGGAUCAGUUCAUUGGAAGGGAUUCUUUACUGCCCACAGGUCUUAUGUUUCUGGAAUAUGGACUUGCUAUUGCAUCAUCAACCUAUUGCCUCACUUUUUUCUUUUAUGAACACAGCAUGGCACAGAACGUGGUACUCUUGGUCCACACUUUCACUGGGCUUGUUCUUAUGGUUAUAUCAUUUAUCAUGGGGCUUAUACAGACAACUGCACGUCUGAAUUCUUUUCUCAAGGUUGGAAACAAGGAAUUUUUUAAGCACAUGCCUCUCAACAUACUGAAUUAA